AUGGCUACUCUAGCAAAUGUCACACUCAAGAACCUCAAUAACCAAUACGGCAUGGUAAUUCCCCCCAUAAGUCUACCUCUAUUUCGAACGCUGCUGCUUGGCAGGCCUAGCGGCGGCUUGUAUUCGAUGAGGAAGUGCGUCAGGCCCGUUGGGCUGUCUGUCCAUGUCUUCACGGCUACUGUCAUCGAGAUCCAGCCCAGCAGUUUACAGAGGAGCCAGGGGACUCUGUGGAGGUUAAGCAUAGUCUCGGAAUUGUCACAGAGGCUGCAGCGGGUGUUCAACGUCGAGGGCGACAAGUUCGCGGUCCCACCGUAUGGGAAACCAUGCGUGCGGAUGCGUCUGGUGACCGCCAAGGAAUUCAACGAGAUCGAUGACUCCUUAGCUAGAAGAUUUGAGAAGGAGACAAAAAUUCAUAUGAUGACGGAAAAUAUAGACCUUAAUAAGAUGACGAAUCCAGAAUUUGGGUUUGAGAUUGGGGGAACAAGGUUCCAUACUAGGCAUUUCGUGGUGGAGAGAGGAGAAGAGAUCGAGAAACUGACACUGGUAUAUGAUUAUAUUGGGCCUCAGCCUACCCCAAAGACCUAA